UUCUUUCGUUUCUUGUUUCGCUUCUCUUCACUCGGUUUUCCGUUCGUACGGACGUAUACCUUUAGGGUAUAGAAACUGAUUUUUAUUUAAAAAAAAAUAAACUCGGGAUGGAUAUUAUCGUAAUAUAGGUAAUCUAGCAAUCAUGGCUCGUAUGCGAUCUGACACGUACACGUCCGUCGUCGAGUCGUCCCGAAGACCGAGUAUUUGGGCGGGCAGUUUGCGGCGUGAUCACAUUCGCCUGGACGAUCUGCAGUCCGAUAUGAUUCAAGAAGACCAACCGUACACACCGUCAAAGUCAGGACCGUCGAGUGCUUCAAGACCUUCGUUUGCCUGGCCUUUUCACGGCCGUAAUGCUUCAGAAGUACCCUCAACCGCGAGAUCAAGCCGCUUUACGCUUCGAACCUGGGGACAACCCCGAAGCUUCCGCCCUCAAUCCGAUACUGCAAGUAUCGACAGGAGUAUCGUUCCGGAUUAUGUCGUCAACUUCUUGAGGGGAGAAACGCCCGAGACUCUGGCACGGAAGAAACAGCAAAGGAAAUGGGGUGAGCACGGUGUUGAAAUCACGCCUCGCAGGGGGACAUUUGCGUCGCAUCCUAUCGAAUAUGGACAUUAUUCCUCUAACUUGGAUUCUGGUCGUGAUCUUAAUACAAGCGGUAAUUGGAGUCAACAAAGCACCAUAAGGAGACACAUCACCGGAUGGCGAGGCGGAGUUAUAUUCAACACAUUAAUCUCAUUUAUAAUCUUACUCGCUGGAAUUAUUUGCUUAAUACUGGUCAUCACCAAAUCUAAACUUAUUUCUGGAGAAUCGUCCAUAUUUUCAGGCGACUGCAUGACAGCCCAGCACAUCAACGUCGGAAUUCACCUUGCCAUCAACAUCGUUUGCGUCGCCAUUCUUUCCGGUGCGAAUUAUGUGUUCCAAGUUCUCUCGAGCCCGACGAGGCGGGAGCUGACGGCAGCGCAUGAGAGUAAGAAUUGGCUUGAUAUCGGCAUACCCUCGCUACGCAAUUUCACACACAUCUCGGGGUUCCGAGCUUCGAUCGCAAUCAUUGCCCUCCUGAGUGCGAUCGUAACUCAAGUAAUCUAUAAUGCCGUAAUAUUUACGAGUCAAAAUAUAGUCAACUACGACGUCCUGUUCGUAACACAAUCGUUUCUCGACCACGCUCCUUUUAACACCGAUACCAAGUUCAACGAGGGUGGACUAUCUAGUAUCGAUAUCGCCAGACUCCAAGAUGCUAGCAGCCAAUCUGGGCUGACCGACUUGGACCCGACGACUUGUCUACACGAAUUUAGCGAUAUUUUCCAACCUUCAUUUGAUGCUGUUUUACUUAUCACGGACUCGACUUCCACUACAUCGUCUCUCAUUCAUACCAGCAAGUCUGGUACCCCCCUAACCACUUUCGUUUCCAAUAACAACGAUAUCGUAGCCCCAGACGGCUCACUUGUUCAGCACUGCCUCGCGCGCCCCAGUACGCCGCAGACCUGCAGUGUCAACCUUAGCGGUUCCAUCCUAGGAGUUGCUGUACUACUCAACCUCGUAUCCGUCAUUAGCAUGGCGAUCAUUCUAGCAAGAUCUACUUUCGAUCCUCUCGUAACACUCGGCGAUGCGAUCCGUUCGUUUCUUCGAAAUCCUGACCCGCCGACAGCCAAUAUGUCCCUAUUGACAAAAUACGAUGUCAAGAAUGGCCGCUGGGGCUCUAGCGAAGCGCAAUUUUUCGUUCCAGCUAAUCACUUCUGGGCACAAACUCCGACGCUCCCCCGUUGGAUGCUAAUGGCAUUCGCUUGGCUCAUGAUAGGGACACCAACCGCGGUUGCUGUCGCGUUCCUAGUCCCGAAGGUCGUGGAAAACCCAUUCACGUCCUUUGGCGUUGCGGUGCCUCACCUAACCUACCUUCUCCCCUCCCCUGUUCAAACAGCGCAGAUGGCACUCUUCGCCGCCUUACCCCAGCUGUUUCUCGCUAUGCUCUACUUCGUAACUAACUCUCAUCUCACGACGUACUUCCUUUCUCACGAGUUCUCGCUCUUCGCCCUCAGCCCUCAACCUCUCCGCGUCUCUUCCAACCCACUCGGCGGGCAAAUUACGAGUUUCUACCUGACACUACCUCGCCCUGUUUCGUGGGCUCUCAUCGGUUGGUUCGCCGCGAUGGGAUUUGCGCUCAGCCAGGCCAUGUUCCCCGGCGUUAUCAUCCUCUCGUCACCUCAUUCGUCGCAGCCGCUUUCCAAUAAGGUCGUAGCCAUUUCGUUCAGCACACAAGCACUGAUCGCGUUGCUCGGUCUCUUAGUAAUCCUCAUACUUGCCGUUCUCGGCCUCGGAUUAAGACGUGCCCCAGCGGCGUCGCUUGCUAGCGGGGAGGUCAAGGGGAAUCCGCUGGUUUUGAGCGGCGGCUCCUGCAGCGCUGUGAUCAGCGCCAAGUGCCACAACCACGAUGUUAUUGCGCCGGGCCAGAUUAUGCGGGACGACGAUCGGAACAUAUGGCUUCGUCCUGUCGUUUGGGGCGUUGUGGAGGAGGGAGCUAGUAUGCGGCCCGGCCGUUGCGGAUUCUCGUCUAACGGAACGGGGUGCGUGGAUGUAGGGCGGGAUUACGUUUAAGGCGUAACGGAAGAUCUUCCCCAUAUUAACGCCGCCUUAUUUUUCUUUUUGGAGAUUCACCGGGCAGGGCGGGGGGGGGGUUUGGUUUGGCAUUGUUUUUCUUUUGGGAUUUAGCGAUAGCAAGGAAUGGACUAACUGGUAACUAAAGCUUUCUAUAUAUUAUACCCAUACACACUACAAUCGCGGGAAGCGG